GAGAGAUCUAAUGUAAAAGUUAAAAAGUGAACUAAUGACAAAAACGGAAACCUUGAAAUUCUUCAUCGCCGGAAAAUAAACGGAACAAAGAAUGAUGAAUCCUUACGACGAUGAAUCUCUGAAGCAAGAAGUAAUCUACCUUCAUUCGCUCUGGCACCAAGGUCCUCCGACCCGAAACCCAAUCCCUAGCCCUAAUUUCAACCCGAUUCAACGACCCAGGUCGAAUUACAUCCCGCCGGCGGAUUUGCAACUUCUCUCUCGCUAUGGAGCUGUUACUGCACCGAUCAUAUCUAGAAACCCUAACAAUCCUCAAAAUCUCUACAAUAACAAGCGUCCGAGGUCCGAUUCGGGUCGAGAAUGGCCCGUCAAUGAUGUGCUGCAGUCUCCUCCUACGGGAUCGGGAUGGCCUGAAUACAGGCCGUGUAAAAAGGCGCGACCUGUUUCGGCGGAGGAGAAAGAGAAGUUGGCUGCGAAUAUGCUUCAGAGAGAUAUCCAUCGCACCUGUCGCGAGUUCUUCGGUAGAAAAUCCGGUGAAGAAGAUAGCUCAGUCGCUGGAGGAGAUGACUCUGAAGUCGAUGAAGGAGACGAGGAUCAGUCUUCGGAGAAAGAAGAAUCUUCUUCCAAGGAGUUCCAGUUUCUAUCGAGAGUGUUUGAAGAGAAUGCGAAGCUCAAGGAAUACUAUGAGAAGAACACUGGGAAUGGAGAGUUUUGGUGUUUGGUUUGUGGUGGCACUGGAGAGAAAAGUUGUAGGAAAUUCAAGAGCUGUUUAGCUUUAAUUCAGCAUUCACUUGCGAUUCACAAGACGGAUUUGAAAACUCAGCAUAGAGCUCUUGCACAAGUUGUCUGCAAUGUUCUUGGCUGGGACGUUACCAAUCCAGUUGCUUCUAGCCAAAAAGACGCUCAGACGGUUGUGGAAGGUGCCUCUGAGCCGCCUUCAGACUCGAAGAUUCCUCAGGAGAAGCAACAGGUCAUGUCGGUUGAAGAACACGCAAAGGCUGCUGUGUUACAAAUGCAACAGAAUGCAUCAGAAGCUUUGAAAGACAUUUUCGCCAAGGAUGGUACUAAUUCUGUUGAUGGAAUUGAGGAGAAAGAAAAUUUGUCUGAGGAGUUGGAGUUAAUAUCUAGAGUCUUCUCAGAGAAUGUUGAGCUCAAGAGUUACUAUGAGAAAAACUAUGAAGGUGGAGCCUUUAUCUGUCUGAUGUGUUGUGCUGCGACUGAUACGAAGAUGAUAAAAAGAUUCAAACACUGUUAUGGAGUUGUUCAACAUUGUACUAAAGUACCGAAAAUGAAAAUACGAGCUCACAAGGCUUUUGCUCGUUUUGUCUGUGAACUACUUGGCUGGGAUUUUGAGCUUCUACCACGUAGAGUAAUGAAAGGCGUUGCUUCUCUUGCUAUAUUUAAUGCUAACGAGAACAAUGAGAACCCAUCAUCUGCGGUCGAGGAACAUAUGUGCGAAGAUAAAGCUGAUAACCCACAGGACAACGAUGAGGCUGAGGCAUGUGUCGAGGCUUAAUCAUAUUGUUUCUCUUCUACGUAUUCAAUUUAAGAGUCAAGAAGCACAAAGUUAUGUAUAUGGAAGGCACUGAAUCUUCAGGUACGAUCAUAUUUAGUCUUCGGCAUCUUAUCAAACUUCUCACGACUUUAUUAAUGACAAUAUGUAUUAGUGUACCCAACUUUUGAUUCUCAGUUUGGAUUAUUAAAAAAUAUUCUCUUCUUUUCUCACUGAGAAUUAUGGAGUAUUAUAACAAAA